GAGCUUCAUGUUUUCUGCGACGCGAGUCAGUGCGCUUACGGUGCUGUUGCCUUCUUUUGGAUUAUGUCGUCGAUGGGCCCAAUCUGCGCGCUCGUGUCCGGGAAGUCAAAGGUGGCACCGCUGAAGCUGCUCAGCAUCCCGCGCUUGGAACUGCAGUCAGAUGUGGUCGGCUCGAGACUCAUGAACUUCGUGCAGGAGAACCACACCCUCAAGAUUGCGGAACGGUUCAUCUGGUCAGACUCCGAAGUUGCUUUGUCGUGGAUCCAUUCUGACCAGCGAAAGUAUAAGCAAUUCGUUGCCUUUCGCGUCGGCGAAAUUCUGACGCUGACCAAGCAGAGCGAGUGGCGUAAGGUGCCAUCAAAGCUGAAUCUGGCAGACAUGCUCACCAAGUGGGACAACAAGCACAGUUUCGGGCCGGACGGGCCAUGGUCACGAGCGCCGGAAUUCAUCGAAGAAGCCAAGAGACUGUGGUCCAUCUCGAAGCAGCAGGUGCAGCUGAACACGCCCGAGGAGAUGCGAGCGAGUGUGCUGUACCACAGCAUCAUUGUCACCGAGCAAAUCAUCGAUCCUCAAAACUUCUCUCGCUGGACGGUGAUGGUAAGAUCCGUGGCGUGCCUGGCUCGAUUUCGCUCCAAUUGUCGCAGAAAAGCAAAGGGUUUGCCGAUUGAAGCACUUCCCCUUUCGAAGGCGAUGAAGGGGCUCGUGAACAGGACCGUGCCAACAGUUCCAGUCCCGCUGAAGCGGGAAGAAUACCAGAUGGCGGAAACAUACUUGUGGAGAUGGGCGCAAGCGGACUACUUCCCGGACGAGGUGACGACCCUUCUUAAAAACCUCGAACUCCCCGCGGACAAGAAGCUAUCCCUGGAGAAGAGCAGCGUGCUGUACAAGCUGACCCCGUUCCUGGAUGAGCAGAAAGUGAUGCGAGUUGACGGUCGACUUGAGCGAGCUACCAUGGUUCCGUUUGAGGUUCGCUUUCCCGUCAUCCUGCCCAAAGGUCAUCCCGUGACAACGAAGCUGCUGGAGCACUAUCACCAGAAGAUGGGCCACGCGUACUUCGAGACGGCAAUCAACGAGCUUCGGCAGCGUUUCUUCAUCCCGAACCUACGAGCCGAGCUGAAGCGGGUGAUGACGGCGUGCGUGAAGUGCAAGGUGGACAAAAGCGUACCGGCGAUCCCAAGAAUGGCACCACUUCCAGUCCAGCGUGUGACUCCACAUCAGCGGGCGUUCAGCUACACCGGGGUCGACUACUUCGGCCCAGUAGCAGUGACGGUCGGGCGGCGUUCCGAAAAGCGUUGGGUCAGCCUCUUCACGUGUUUGACCACGCGUGCCAUCCAUCUGGAAGUCGUGCAUAGCUUGACCACACAGUCGUGCGUCAUGGCUAUCAGACGAUUCGCUUGCCGGAGAGGAAUGCCCAUCGAGUUCUUCAGCGACAACGGCACGAACUUCCAGGGCGCGAGUAAGGAGAUCGUACGCGUGGACGCGGAAUGCAGAGAAGAGUUCACCGACGCCAGAACGAGCUGGAACUUCAACCCACCAUCAGCGCCGCACAUGGGCGGGGCCUGGGAGAGGCUUGUGAGGUCGGUCAAGGAAGCUCUGAAGGCGUUCGACGACGGGAGAAAGCUGACGGACGAAGUGUUGCUGACCAGUUUGGCGGAAGCGGAGGAUCUCAUCAACACACGUCCGCUGACGUACCUGUCAACCGAAGCAGGAUCAACUGAAGCUCUUACGCCCAACCAUUUCUUGCGAGGAGUGACGGCCAACGAUAGAGCUCAACGCGCUGAAUCGACCAGUCCAGCCGAAGCUCUCCGAGACUGCUACAAGCGGUCGCAACUCCUUGCUGACUGUUUUUGGAAACGCUGGAUUGCGGAGUACCUUCCGACCCUGAACCAACGGACGAAGUGGCACGCGGAGGCGGAGCCUAUUGCGUGUGGAGAUGUCGUCUACGUCGUGGAAGGCGCUAACCGCGCCAACUGGGUCCGGGGCAUCGUGACGGAGGUCUUCAAGGGUGCCGAUGGACGCAUUCGGCAGGCGAUGGUGAGGACAAGCAGAGGAGAGCUGAAGCGGCCGGUGAGCAAACUGGCGGUGCUAGAGAUCCAGGAGCGUAAAACUGGUGCGAAGGAGGCUCCACCCACCAGAGUUACGGGGCGGGGCGAUGUUGGCACCGCGAUGAACCAUCCUAGCGCAGCACGUGAAACACGACAGGCAAAAGGGAACGCACAAUAAGAACUCGGUGGCCGGAAAGGCGGUCCGCAACGAACGGCCGGGUAAACUGAGAAAAUAGGACAAAAACAAACCAUUUCAUGUGCAAGUUAGAAGUGUGCUCGGGCGAUCUCUAAAAUUAUUUGAUUUCUCCCUAAUCUGUGCCGGAUUCGAAUACCAAAAACAGUGUUUUGAUCCGGAUUAGUAGCUUUUAAUUAUACCCCACGUGGAAUAUUGGCCGAAGGCAAAUUUGUUACCUAAUUGAAUAUCGAUCGAUCGUAGCCUGUAAGUAAAGUUCAUUUGAUCUGGAGAACUUUAGAUUCUAAAACUAAUGCGAAAACUUUAAUUAUUAGUUAAAUACUGUGCCCGCCAGCAACAAUAGCACCAACAGAGAGUUGCAUCGGUACUUAAGGAAAAACUGCUCAUGUAAGAUAGUUUAUUCGCCCAAUUUGCUAUGAUACUAAAUAAAAUGAAUUUUUCUAGUUUUAAGCU